CAUUUUGUUGCGCUCCUCCUGAGGUCAGUGGAGAUCGUUGCGUCUUUGUUUGGGAAUUCCACAGUCUCACGGUGCGUCCGCGGAGGAGCUGCCACCAUGUCGCACUUUGACUUGCAGGAGUUCGGGGAGGCCGCUUCUUAUUUACGCAAACCUGAACUGGAGCUGAUGGCGAGGCACACCAUCCCCUUUGACGGUAAGAAGCGAGCCUGGAUCCCUGAUGACAAAGAGGCCUACAUUGCAAUUGAGAUCAGGGAGUUCAGUGGUGACAAAGUCGUUGUUGAGACCAAAGAUGGGAAGACUGUGACCGUGAAGGAAGGGGACAUCCAGCAGAUGAAUCCUCCUAAGUAUGACCUGAUUGAAGACAUGGCCAUGCUGACUCACCUGAACGAGGCCUCUGUGCUGGAUAACCUGCGCAGACGUUACUCAAACUGGAUGAUCUAUACCUACUCCGGGCUCUUCUGUGUGACAGUGAACCCUUACAAAUGGCUGCCUGUCUACACCGCUCCUGUGGUUGCUGUCUACAAAGGCAAGCGGCGCUCUGAGGUGCCACCUCACAUCUACUCUAUAGCAGACAAUGCCUACAAUGACAUGCUGCGAAAUCGGGAGAACCAGUCCAUGCUCAUCACCGGAGAAUCCGGUGCUGGCAAAACUGUCAACACGAAACGUGUCAUUCAGUAUUUUGCCAUUGUGGCAGCUCUUGGGGAUACAACUGCCAAAAAAGGAGGUCCUGCCACAAAAACAGGGGGAACUCUGGAGGAUCAGAUUAUUGAGGCAAACCCAGCCAUGGAAGCGUUUGGUAACGCCAAAACGCUAAGGAAUGACAACUCAUCCCGCUUUGGCAAAUUCAUCAGGAUCCACUUUGGACCGACUGGCAAACUGGCCUCGGCUGAUAUUGAUAUAUAUCUUCUGGAAAAAUCCAGAGUGAUAUUCCAGCAGCCCGGCGAGAGGAGCUACCACAUCUACUACCAGAUCAUGUCGCAGAAGAAACCAGAACUGUUAGACAUGCUGCUCGUGUCCUCCAACCCGUACGACUUCCACUUCUGCUCACAGGGCGUCACCACCGUGGAGAACAUGGAUGACGGACAGGAGCUGAUGGCCACUGAUCAUGCCAUGGACAUCCUUGGCUUCCUGCCCGACGAGAAAUACGGCUGUUACAAAAUAGUCGGAGCCAUCAUGCACUUUGGAAACAUGAAGUUCAAGCAAAAGCAGCGCGAGGAGCAGGCAGAGGCUGACGGCACUGAAAGUGCAGACAAGGCCUCAUACCUGAUGGGAGUCAGUUCAGCUGAUCUCAUAAAGGGCCUCCUCCACCCAAGGGUGAAGGUGGGGAACGAGUACGUGGUGAAGGGACAGAAUGUCGAACAGGUGAACUAUGCUGUCGGUGCUCUGGCCAAAGCAACGUAUGACCGAAUGUUCAAAUGGCUUGUAGGACGCAUCAACCGCACGCUCUACACCUCCCUGCCUCGCCAGUACUUCAUAGGAGUCCUGGACAUCGCUGGAUUUGAGAUCUUUGAACUCAAUAGCUUCGAGCAGCUGUGCAUCAACUUCACAAAUGAGAAACUGCAACAGUUUUUCAACCACCACAUGUUCAUCCUGGAGCAGGAGGAGUACAGGCGCGAGGGCAUCGAGUGGACCUUCAUCGACUUUGGCUUGGACCUCCAAGCGUGCAUCGACCUCAUUGAAAAGCCACUAGGCAUCAUGUCCAUCCUUGAAGAGGAGUGCAUGUUCCCCAAGGCCACAAACAGCAGCUUUAAAGCCAAGUUGUAUGAUAAUCAUUACGGCAAGUCACCUAAUUUCCAAAAGCCACGGCCAGACAAGAAACGCAAGUACGAGACCCACUUUGAGCUGAUGCACUAUGCUGGGGUGGUGCCAUACAACAUCAUCGGCUGGCUGGACAAAAACAAAGACCCACUCAACGAGACGGUGGUGACAUGUUUCCAAAAGUCUGCAAACAAGCUCCUCGCGUCGCUCUAUGAGAACUACAUCGGCUCAGACUCAGCUUCUGACCCAAAGCCCGGCGGAAAGGAGAAGAGGAGGAAGGCAGCUUCUUUCCAGACAGUGUCUCAGCUUCACAAGGAAAAUCUGAACAAGCUAAUGACCAACCUGCGCAGCACACAGCCCCACUUUGUUCGCUGCAUCAUCCCCAAUGAGACCAAGACUCCAGGGAUCAUGGAUCCAUUUAUGGUGCUGCACCAGCUUCGCUGCAACGGUGUGCUGGAAGGCAUCCGGAUCUGCAGGAAGGGCUUUCCCAACCGCAUCUUUUACGCUGAGUUCAAACAGCGCUAUCGCAUCCUGAAUCCACAUGCCAUCCCAGAUGAUAAGUUUGUUGAUAGCAGGAAAGCUGCAGAGAAGCUGCUGAGCUCACUCGACAUCGACCACAGCCAAUACAGAUUUGGACACACUAAGGUGUUCUUCAAGGCCGGACUGCUGGGCCACCUGGAGGAGCUGAGGGACCAGCGUUUGGCCAAAGUGCUGACCCUGCUGCAGGCAGCCGCUCGAGGCAAAAUCAUGAGGAUGGAGCUGCACAGGAUGACAGCAAAGAAGGACGCUCUGAUGAUCAUCCAGUGGAAUAUCCGUGCGUUCAACGCUGUCAAGCACUGGCCCUGGAUGAAGCUCUUCUUCAAAAUCAAGCCUCUGCUAAAGAGUGCAGCCACGGAGAAGGAGCUGGCCGCCAUGAAGGAGGAGAUGGCCAAGCUGAAGGAGGCUCUGGAUAAAUCUGAGACCAAGAGAAAAGAGCUGGAGGAGAAGCAGGUCAGCCUGAUCCAAGAGAAGAAUGACCUCUCUCUACAGCUGCAGGCCGAGCAGGACAAUCUGGCAGAUGCUGAGGACCGCUGUGAGCUGCUCAUCAAAACCAAACUUCAGCUGGAGGCCAAAGUGAAAGAAAUCCUGGAGAGGCUGGAGGAUGAGGAGGAGAUGAAUUCUAACAUGCUCAGCAAGAAGCGCAAGCUGGAGGACGAGUGCACUGAGCUGAAGAAAGACAUUGACGAUCUGGAGAUCACGCUGGCUAAAGUGGAAAAGGAAAAGCACGCGACUGAGAACAAGGUGAAGAACCUGAUUGAGGAAAUGGCAGUUCUGGAUGAAACCAUUCUGAAGCUCACUAAAGAGAAGAAGGCGUUGCAGGAGGCUCAUCAGCAGACUCUGGACGACCUGCAGGCCGAGGAAGACAAAGUCAACAUUCUCACCAAAGCUAAGACAAAGCUGGAGCAACAAGUCGAUGAUCUGGAAGGCUCUCUGGAGCAGGAGAAGAAGCUGCGUAUGGACCUGGAACGGGUCAAGCGUAAGCUGGAGGGAGAUCUGAAACUCUCCAUGGAGUCUUGUAUGGACGUGGAGAAUGACAAACAGCAACUUGAAGAGAGGCUAAAAAAGAAAGACUUUGAAAUGAAUGCGAUUAGCUCAAGGAUUGAAGACGAGCAAGCCAUGGCCAAUCAACUCCAGAAAAAGAUAAAGGAGCUCCAGGCUCGCACAGAGGAGCUGGAGGAAGAGCUGGAGGCCGAACGGGCUUGUAGAGCCAAAGUGGAGAAGCAGCGUGGCGAUGUGGCUCGUGAGCUGGAGGAGCUGAGUGAGCGUCUGGAAGAGGCGGGAGGAGCCACCUCAGCCCAGGUGGAGAUUAACAAGAAAAGAGAGGCCGAUUUUCUGAAGCUGCGGCGAGACCUGGAGGAGGCCAUGCUGCACCACGAGGCCACAACUGCAGCCCUGCGGAAGAAGCACGCGGACAGUGUCGCAGAGCUGAGUGAGCAGAUCGACAGCCUGCAGCGAGUCAAGCAGAAGCUGGAGAAAGAGAGGAGCGAGGCCAAGAUGGAGGCUGAUGACCUGGCUUCCACCGUGGAGCAGCUUUCCAAGGGCAAGGCCACUUCAGAGAAAAUGUGCCGGCUGUAUGAAGACCAGAUGAAUGAGGCUAAAGCCAAGGUUGAAGAACUCCAGAGGCAGCUCAACGAUACCAGCACCCAGAGAGCCCGAGCUCAGACUGAGAGAGAUGAGCUGGCGAGGAAGGUGGAGGAGCGUGAAUCCACGGUGUCUCAGCUCCAGCGAGCCAAGACCUCAUACAGCCAGAAUGUGGAGGAGCUGAAGAAACAGCUGGAGGAGGAGAAUAAGGCCAAGAGCUCGCUGGCCCACGCACUGCAGUCCUCUCGACAUGACUGCGAUCUUCUGCGAGAGCAGUAUGAUGAGGAGCAGGAGGCCAAGGCUGAGCUGCAGAGAGCUCUGUCCAAGGCCAAUGUGGAGGUGGCUCAGUGGAGGACUAAGUAUGAAACUGAUGCCAUCCAAAGAACUGAGGAGCUGGAGGAAGCCAAGAAGAAGCUGGUGGUUCGUCUGCAGGAGGCUGAGGAAACGGUGGAGACGUCCAACGCCAAGUGCUCUUCCCUGGAGAAGACCAAACAUCGGCUCCAGACAGAGAUUGAAGACCUGGUCAUCGACCUGGAGCGAGCCAAUGCUGCAGCCGCUGUCCUCGACAAGAAGCAACGCAACUUUGACAAGGUGCUGGCUGAGUGGAAGCAGAAAUAUGAAGAGUGCCAGUCAGAGCUGGAGACUUCUCAGAAGGAGUCUCGUGGCCUGAGCACAGAGCUUUUCAAACUAAAGAACUCUUAUGAGGAGACUCUGGAUCAUCUUGAGACCAUCAAGAGGGAGAACAAGAACCUCCACGAGGAGAUCUCUGACCUUUCUGAUCAACUCAGCCAGGGAGCAAAGACCAUCAAUGAGCUGGAGAAGCUGAAGAAGGGUCUGGACAUGGAGAAAAGUGAAAUUCAAGCUGCACUGGAGGAAGCUGAAGGAACCCUGGAGCACGAAGAGAGCAAAACCCUCAGGAUCCAGCUGGAGCUCAACCAGAUUAAAGCUGAUAUUGACAAGAAACUGGCAGAGAAGGACGAGGAAAUCGACAACCUUCGCCGUAACCACCAGAGAACACUGGAGUCCAUGCAGGCCACUCUGGACGCCGAGGCCAAGUCUCGUAACGAGGCGGUGCGUCUGAGGAAAAAGAUGGAGGGCGACCUGAAUGAGAUGGAGGUGCAGCUGAGCCACGCUAACAGGCAGGCGGCAGAGUCUCAGAAGCUUCUGAGAAACCUGCAGGUUCAAAUCAAAGACACUCAGCUGGAGUUGGAUGAGACUAUUCAUCAGAACGAGGAGCUGAAGGAGCAGGUCGCAGUGACCGAGCGUCGGAACAACCUCCUGGCGGCUGAGGUGGAGGAGCUCAGGUCGCUGCUGGAGCAAAACGACCGCGCACGCAAGCUCGCUGAGCACGAGCUGCUGGAGGCCACGGAGAGAGUCAACCUGUUACACUCUCAGAACACCGGGCUCAUCAACCAGAAGAAGAAGUUGGAGAGUGAUCUGAACAUGCUGUCAAAUGAGGUCGAUGAUGCUGUCCAGGAGUGCCGCAAUGCAGAAGAGAAGGCCAAGAAGGCCAUCACUGACGCCGCCAUGAUGGCAGAAGAACUGAAGAAAGAGCAGGACACCAGUGCCCAUCUGGAGAGGAUGAAGAAGAACAUGGAGCAGACCAUAAAGGACCUGCAGAUGCGCCUGGAUGAGGCCGAGCAGAUUGCCCUCAAGGGAGGCAAGAAGCAGGUUCAGAAGCUGGAGGCCAGGGUCAAAGAACUGGAGAAUGAAUUAGAGACCGAGCAGAAGAAGAGCCAAGAGUAUCAGAAGGGAGUACGCAAAUAUGAGAGGAGAAUCAAAGAGCUCUCCUACCAGGCUGAGGAAGACAAGAAGAACCUGGUCCGUCUGCAGGACCUUAUUGAUAAACUGCAGGUCAAGGUGAAGAGUUACAAAAGACUGACAGAAGAAGCGGAGGAGCAGGCCAACACCAACCUGUCCAAGUACAGGAAGCUCCAGCAUGAGCUCGACGAUGCAGAAGAGAGAGCUGACGUGGCUGAAUCACAGGUCAACAAGCUCCGGGUCCGCACACGGGACCAAGGGAGCAAGCUCGCCGAGUGACGAGUGUCAUCGCCGGAAGCAAAACAAAUCACAGCGAGUCAACUGCAACAGAUGUGCUCAGCUGUGACUGCACAAAUAAAGACUCUCCAAUCUGACAAA